UAGGAUUCCAAAGGACAGUUGCUAUUGCAGAUUCCAACUACAACUGGUUUUAUGGACCAGAGAGCCAAUUGGUGUUCCUAGAUAAAUUCGUUAUGCGCAAUGGCAGCGGAAAUUGGUUGGCAGAUCAAAUCAGAAGGAACCGGGUGCUUGAAGGCCCAGGGACUCCAUCCAAAGGACAGCGUUGGUGCACUCUUCACACUGAAUUUCUCUGGUAUGAUCCAAGCCUGGGUUUUGUACCUCCACCAGACUACGAGAUUCCAAAGCUGCAUUAUUUUGAGGACUGGGGAGUUGUAACCUAUGGGAGUGCACUGCCUGCCGAAAUCAACAGGCCUUUUCUCUCCUUCAAAUCAGGAAAGCUGGGAGGACGUGCAAUAUAUGAUAUCGUUCACCGGAACAAGUACAAAGACUGGAUCAAAGGCUGGAGGAACUUCAAUGCCGGUCACGAACACCCAGAUCAGAACUCCUUUACUUUUGCCCCCAACGGUGUACCUUUCAUAACAGAAGCUCUGUAUGGACCAAAAUAUACAUUUUUAAACAAUGUGCUGAUGUUUUCUCCAGCCGUAUCGAAGAGCUGCUUCUACCCGUGGGAAGGGCAAGUUACUGAAGAUUGCUCCUCAAAAUGGUUGAAAUAUAAACAUGACUUGGCUGCAGAUUGCCAGGGGAGAGUGGUUGCUGCUAUGGAAAGAAGCGGGAUCAUCUUUAUCAGGGGUGAAGGAGUGGGUGCCUACAACCCCAAACUUAAGUUGAGAAGCCUGCAGAGAAACCUAUUCCUUAUCCAUCCCCAGCUUCUCUUGCUAGUGGACCAAAUAUACCUUGACAAGGAUAGUCCAUUGGAGGCAGCUACCAGCUUCUUCCACAAUGUGGAUGUGCCUUUUGAAGAAACUGUUAUUGAUGAUGUCCAUGGGGCCUUCAUUAGGCAACGGGAUGGGAUGUACAAGAUGUACUGGAUGGAUGAUACUGGCUACAGCGAAAAAGCUGUGCUUGCCUCAAGAAUGUAUCCCAGAGGUUACCCUUACAAUGGGACAAACUAUGUGAACGUCACUACUCACCUGCGUAGCCCAAUCACCAGAGCUGUGUACCUCUUCAUUGGACCUUCCAUAGAAGUCCAGAGCUUCAGCGUCCAUGGGAAUUCCCAGAAGUUGGAUGUUUUCAUAACCACCGGCGAGCACGCCUAUGCUGUCUAUUUGUGGACUGGUGAGGAUAAAAGCCGCUCUGUCUUUGCACAAGUUAUUGCAGACCGCCAAAAGGUCCUUUUUGACCGGGCCUCUGCCAUUAGGAGCACCCCAGUAUCAGAAAUCAGAGAGUACAGUGGGAUAGUAGAACAGAAGCUUCAGCAUUUCAAGCCUGUCUUCCAGCAGCUAGAGAAGCAGAUACUUUCCCGCGUGCGUAAUACAGACAGCUUCAGAAAGACAGCUGAGCGCCUGCUGCGAUUUUCAGAUAAAAGGCAGACAGAGGAGGCCAUUGACAGGAUAUUUGCAAUCUCACAGCAGCAGCAGCAGCAGCAGCAAGGUAGGGCAAAGAGGAACCGAAAGGUGGCGAAAGGCUAUAAGUUUGUUGAUGCUGGCCCUGACAUUUUUGCACAGAUUGAAGUCAAUGAAAAAAAAGUUCGGCAAAAGGCACAGACUUUGGCCCAAAAGGAAUUGCCUGUGGAUGAAGAUGAGGAAAUGAAAGAUCUCCUGGAUUUUGCAGAUAUUACCUACGGAAAACACAAAAACAGUGUGUCCAUCAAAGGCCGAUCUGGUCUGGCACAAAUGUUGGCAACUGCUCGAAGCAGUGCUCCUUCCAUGUCAGCAUCUUACACCCGACUCUUCCUCAUUCUGAACAUAGUUAUUUUCUUCGUCAUGCUGGCAAUGCAACUCACUUGGCUCCAGAAAGCCAAGAGCCUGCAUGCCCAAAGAUGCCUUUAUGCGAUCUUGCUAAUUGACAGCUGUGUAUUAUUAUGGCUGUAUUCUUCUUGUUCCCAGUCACAAUGCUAACAAAAAACACCAUGACAGCUACAUGACCAUUCUAUGGUUAUAUGCAACUAUGCAAAGCAUUAACCCUGAUAGGGCCAGAGUAUGUUUUGUUUCUCUUCUGACACAUUCCAGGAAACAGCUGUGGAAUGAUUGAAUUCUUGCAGUCAGAGACGGUAAAAUUAAUGGGCAUUGGGUCAUUGGAAACAUUUCUAAAAGUACCACCUAGAUACGGGUCAAGUUGGAUUUGUGUUAUGAAUGAAUGUAAAGUUCUGAACUCAAAUGUGUGGCAUUGCAUUUUCUUCUUUAAAAGCAAAAUUCUCUUUUAUUCAUUUGUUUCAUAAUUAGUUUUUUUUU